AUGUGCACACAAUCAUAUGAUAUUCCAACAAUAUCAAUAAAAGAUAAUGAAAUGAAAGAUUUAUUAAAAUAUCUUUAUCAAAAUGAAUUAAUAUUAAAAGAAAAUGGUGCAAUUAAAUUAAUUCCAACAUCAAAUUUUAAAAAUCUAUUAAAAAAAACAGCAAUAAAUGUUCCAUUACGUUCAACAAUUCAACAAGUUGAUAAUGAUAAUUUAAUUUAUUCAAUAAAAACAAAUAAAAUUAAUGAAAAUAAAGAAAAUAUUUUAAUAAAUGAUGAAAUGUUUUGGUUAUUAUUACCAAAUGGUUCAAAUACACAAAAUAUCUCAAGUGUUUCAAUAAUUAGUGAUCAAAAAUUAUUUUUUAAACGUGUUUAUCGUGAUCAAUUUGAUUUUCAUCAAUUACCUUUUAAAUCGCUUUUAAAAUUAUCUGGAAAAAAAUUUUUGUAA